CGUCUCCUGUCAAGCCUCUCCGGCAGCCUCGCAGCCGGCAGCGGCGGCGGCGGUGCGCUCGCUCCCCGGCGCUCUCCUCUCGUUCCCCCCCCCCCCCGCCAUCCCCGGCACCAUGAUCUUCUGGCUCUGGUUCUGCUGGGGUUUCUCUGCCUCCACGGCGCAGCCCGACUCGGAGCUGCUGGUGAGGUACCUGGAGGAGAAGCUGCUGGCAGAUCACAGCGUCGCCGAACAAGUUGCACGACGUGUUCCAAGACAGACCAGAUUUUUGCAGAGGCUGGAAACGAGGCCCCGAAUGUCUGAAUUCAAUGUGAAAUCCACAAUCAUUUCUCGCUAUGCUUUCACCACGGUGUCCUGCACGAUGGUGAACAGUGGAUCCGAGGCACGAGAAGCUGUGUUUGAGAUGCAGAUCCCAGCUGCAGCCUUCAUCUCCAACUUCACUAUGAGCAUUGGCAACAAGACUUACUAUGGGGAGGUCACAGGGAAAGAAAAAAAGCAUAGCGCUGAAGACAAAGCAAAGAGCAAGAAGCCUCCGAGCCCCACAGAUGGAGGGGAGAAGGGUUAUGAGAUAUUCAAAGCUUCUGUUAUUAUUCCUCGUAAGAUGCAAGCCAACUUCCUACUGCAUUAUGAAGAGCUCUUGCAAAGGCGACUGGGAAAAUAUGAGUAUACAGUCAGCAUCCGGCCCCAGCAACUGGUGGGGAGGUUACGAGUUGAGGUGAACAUACUGGAGAACUCAGGCAUAGUUUCACUGGAAGUGCCUCCCCUUCGAAACAGCAAGCAUAAAGGCAACGGGAAAGUUGAAGGUGAUAUCUCUCCUCCUCCUUCCACUGUUAUUGGACAUACCAAAACCCUAGCUAAAGUAACCUUCAGUCCCAAUGUUGUUGAACAAACCAGGAUUUCUCGAAAUGGCAUUUUGGGAGACUUCAUAGUUAGAUAUGAUGUCAACAGGGAGCUGAGCGUUGGGGAUGUUCAGAUUCUUAGUGGGUACUUCGUGCAUUACUUCGCCCCCAAAGAUCUACCUCCAUUGCCAAAGAAUGUUGUCUUCGUGCUCGACAGCAGUGCAUCCAUGGUGGGAAUAAAACUGAGACAGACUAAAGAAGCUCUCUUCACAAUUCUCCAAGACCUAAGGCCUGAAGACCACUUCAAUAUCAUUGGCUUUUCCAACCGAAUAAAGGUCUGGCAACAGGAUCAGCUGGUGCCAGUUACUCCAAAUAAUAUAAGAGAUGCCAAAAAGUACAUUCAUAACAUGUCGCCUACUGGAGGGACUAAUAUUAACGGUGCUCUCCAGACUGGUGCAAAGCUGCUAAACGAUUACAUCGCCCAGAACGACAUCGAUGCCAGGAGCGUCUCUCUAAUCAUCUUCCUCACGGAUGGGAGGCCAACUGUUGGGGAGACACAGUCAUCCAAAAUCCUCAGCAACACCAAGGAAGCCAUCCGUGACAAAUUCUGCCUCUUCACUAUCGGCAUUGGCAAUGAUGUGGACUACAAGCUGCUGGAGAGGAUGGCACUGGAGAACUGUGGCAUGACAAGGCGUUUCCAGGAGGAUGAGGAUGCAGCCAGCCAACUGAAAGGGUUCUAUGAUGAGAUAGGGACACCUCUUCUCUCUGACAUCCGGAUUGAUUACCCUGAAGGCAACGUGGAGCAGGUCACCCAGAACUUCUUCCCCAACUACUUCAAUGGCUCUGAAAUCAUAAUAGCUGGCAAACUCAUCAAUCGCACCUCAGAUAGCCUCCACGUGGAGGUGACUGCUAGCAACUCCAAGAAGUACAUCCUCCUUAAAACAGAUGUGGCUAUCGACCUGCCAAGCAGGAAUGACAUCAGAGGUAUCCCUGGCCUAGAAGAUGGCAAAGCUGAUCAGAAUUACGUUGAGAGGGCAUGGAGUUACCUCACCAUCAAGGAGUUGCUUAACUCCUGGCUGAAGAGUGAUGACAAUCAGGAGAAAGACUAUUUGAUGGAGAAAGCCAAGUCAAUGGCCCUUACUUACAAUUUUGUUACUCCCUUCACCUUUCUGAAGAUGAAAGAGGCUGGGCUCCAUUCAGAACCUCCUAAAGAGGAGUAUAUCAGCCCUUUUACUGAAGGCAUUGGUGAAAAGCUACAGAGCAUGCAAGGACACAGGGCACCACCAGGUAUACCCAGGCAACAAGACAAACAAAGAAUCAAAAUCUCCAAAACUUCAGCGGAUGGAGACCCUCACUUCGUCAUCGAUUUUCCCUUCAGCAAGUUCUCUGUCUGCUUUAAUAUCGAUGGAGAACCAGGGGACAUUCUCCGACUGGUCUCUGAUCAUAAGGAGUCUGGUGUAACUGUGAACGGGCAGUUAAUUGGAGCUCCUGCACCACCCAAUGGCCACAAGAAGCAUCGGACUUACUUCAACGCCAUCACUAUCCUCAGCAAUAAACCAGAAAGAUCCUACCUAGAGGUCACACCCAGCAGAAUCAUCCUGGAUGAUGGGGAAAGACUUGUUCUGCCCUGUGACCGGAGCGCCAUUGUGCAGAGCAGCAGCCUAGAGGUGUCCAUCUCUGCCAAUUCCAACAUCACUGUGACAAUACGAGACACAAUCAGCUUUGUCAUUCUGAUCCACCACUACAAGAACCCAGCACCCUAUCAGAGGGAUCAUCUGGGUUUCUAUAUCUCCAACAGUAAAGGCCUCUCUCCUGACUCCCACGGGCUACUAGGUCAGUUCUUGAAUGAUGAAGUUAAACUUCUUCAGGAAUCUCUAAACAUGAGUCAUCAGCAGGCUGGUCAGAACAAAACUGAAGCAUUAAAGACAAAUCCUACAAAUACCCUGAAAGUAAAGGGGCGUCUUGUUCCUGUUGUGUGGAAACAGAGGAAGAUCUACAAUGGCCAGCAGGAAGUUAACUGCUGGUUUGCCAAAAACAAUGCGGACAAACUGAUUGAUGGGAGCUAUAGAGACUAUUUGGCUUCUCAUCCAUUUGACACAGGGACCAAUUUUGGGAUGAUUUAAUAGCCUUUAAGACCAAUCAUAGUAUCACAUUGCAGCAGCAUGUGGGACAGUGGUUCCUUUCUGAAGCCUCUAGAACUAGGCAGCUUCUGAAUAUUUCUUUAUUCUUGGGUGCCAAAGAAACCAAGGUUUUUCCCCUUGGAAAUCAUCUGUCUUUCUUUCAUCCUAGAUGAACACGGGUCAUCAAGUUUCAGAAGAUAAGGGGAGGGGGGAAGGGUUAAGGACACUGUUAAAGGCACGAUCAGUGCUCUCCCGAUGGGAGAGGAGGGAGAAAGGGGCCAGCACUGGUAUCUAGCAGUGCAGAAAACUGCUGACCUUAAAAUAAACCCAUGCAGUGGUCUGUGCAAUACCCCCAGUGGCUGUUGAGUCACCCCGUAUGAGGCAGAAAUCAGACAGCAUGGUGCACAUCUAAAAAGGCAACCUUGAGUGAUGCACUUUGCAAAGACGUGACUUGAAGCACCUAAUGCAACCAUGCUUCCCGGAGAAAGGACAGAGAGAGAGAGAGAGGGAGAGAAAGAGACUGAGAAAGGAGACAUGAGUGUAUAUUCAUCUACAGAGACCCAUUAGUAUCAAAGAGGUAACAAAGAAAUUGAAAUCGUAAAUCAAAAAAAAAAAAAAAAAAAAAAAAAAAACAUCUCACGAGGCUAUUGCUUUCUUGCAAUUUCUUGCCCCACUAGGAUGGGGCUUGUGAAAACCAUCACAUGAUUUAUUGCUGCCUCAGAGUACAGGCCUUGUGUUUAAAAAGUAUCUUGGGUCUUCACUACAAGGAGUGGUAUCAGCUCUCAUUCCAUGAAACAUCUCAUUUAAAUAAACUUUCAGGUUCAGUGUUUUAAAACCAAAUUCUUUUUUUCCCUCAGAGAAAGACAAAUUUCCACUGUGAGUUGCUACCUUCUUGAGCAGAGCAUCAGUUCUGCUUAGCAGAGAUUUAAAUUCUUUAGAGAUGAACCACAAUCCUUGAAAGCUUAUGACCCCACAAAACAGAGCCUGACUUGAAUUCAGACUAGACUUUCCUAGCUGCUUUUCUAAUCAGGGAGGAAGUCUUUAUUAACUCCAGAUCUUCAGAAAAUUUUCAUCCCCAUCUCCCUGGCUGCUUCUCUUUCCUUAUACUGCAGGAAUUUGUACACUGCAGGAAUUUGGCAACAAGGUGGUUAGGAAAGGGCCUGCCAGCCACCCCCACUGCAGGUGGUGCUGCUCUGCAAAGCAACCUCCAAACCCAAAUGGCAAGGCUGCAAUCUGUUUUAAAAUGAGGCACCACUGAAUAAUGCUAUACAUCAGCCACAGGGGAGUUUGCUUAGCAGAGAACUUGGCCAACAAGGACUUCAGCAGCCACAAAGACAUUUACACGGCAAGGCCAAACUGAGCUCAUGCAUACUCUGCCUCUCCAAGACUGAAAGGAGGAGGGUGGGAGUUGAAGUAUCUUCAGCAGCUUAAUUAGAUCCAUGUGUUAGCAUAGGAAUAAGGAGCUGCCAGAGACCUACAGAAAUAGGUUCCCUCGUCACUGAUUUUUUGCAUAUUUAAAAAUUAAAUCAUAUUGCUGCUGUAGGAGGUCCAUCUGCUGGAGCGCGGGGGGUUUUCCAGUUGCCUGACCAUCUAGUUGGCAGCACUAGCACUGCAACAGCAGAGCGGGUAGCUAGCAUGGUUGCUUAUUCAUACCAUGCCCUGUGGGGAAGAGGGAAACAGCCCAAAGCAACCAGCUAAAUUUAAUCGUGCUCUGGAAGGUCCUUACAGAAAGCUCAGCCAGCCCCACCCUCACGCCAAGGCUCAUGUUUUGGAAUGAAACAUGAAGUCAAAGCACUACUUCAGGCCCAGCUAUUGGGAAACAGCCCUCUUGCAAGGGAGAACAGAAAGCAAGACUGUGAGCCCAAUCCUGAGCACACGAUAACCAAAGUGACUAAGGUUCACUGACAUGCACGUGAGCCAGGAACAAAAAAACGAGAGCUUCUGUGAAUUGAGUCCUCCUCCAAGAACGCAGUGGUAAGAUCACCCAGGCCAUUCCCAAAUAACAUCCUGCUUCACUAGCACAGGGUGAGCAGGGCAGCGGUAGGGAACUUCCAGACAGUCCCAGAUUCAGCAGUUGUCUUCCUUUGUACUGCCCUUACUGCAAAGGGAUUUCUUUGAAAUCUUCACUCUCCUCCCAUGUUUCUGUUCAAAUGUAUUGCUAAAAGGAACAGUUGGCUCCCCUCUCAUCUCUCCUGUAUAUGUAUAUAAAUAUACACAUAUUGCUAAUGCUUCAGUUGCAUCAUUAUUUGUGUUUCCCCAACCAAGGAAAAAUAUUUCAUUCAGGUGAGGAAAAAAGAUCAAAUCCAACUUCCCAGCCAUGCAAAGCUCCUAUAGCAAUAUACUCAAGUUGUCAUAAAGGCUCCAGUUACCCAUUUCACAAUAAAUAUUUUACAGUGAA